AUGGUUUCCAAAGCCACAAGUCUUAUGCUUCUGCUGUCCUUUUUUGCUGUCAUAACAGCUGAAUAUGCAGAAAAGGAAGACUACACAUUAGAAAUUGACCAAAAAUUAGGCUCAAACGCUGCAGGCUGCUCUAUGUACAGAUGCAAAAAGUCCAGCCAAACUUUCUCAUCGAAUGUCUGCAGCUGGUAUGACAAGAAUUACGAUAUCUAUUACGUCCAGACUUGCUUGGAGUCUCAGACAUGCACUGCUGGAACUAAAGCUGGGGAAAACUACACUUGCAUUACUACUCCAACUACUAAAUUGCAAGCUUACCCUGGUGAAAAGUGCAGCACAGCAGCCGAUUGCGUCAAUUCUGUUGGAUGCACAAACGGAAUAUGCGAAGGAACAGCAACUGGAUCUGCCUGCACAACAAGCGCUCAAUGUAUCCCUGGCGAUUCUUGCCAAAAAGUUGCAGGUACUGACGUGUGCACUGAAUUAAUUCCAGUAGGGAAAACAGGGUGUGCAAAUGACUACGACUGCGCUUACAACGCAGGCUGCAACAUUGUAUCCGCCACAACUCUCACAGACAACACGUGCGUUGAAUAUUUAUCCUUGACUCCAGGGUCACAAGUCCAAGAACUGUCAUGUGUUGGAAACUACACCAACUUAUGCUCCUCUGGAUACUGUGCAAAAACAGGAACAGGCACCACAGCUCAAUAUUUAUGCACAGAUGAGCUUAAAUCGAAUCAUUCCCUCCCUUGGAAGUGCUACUCAACUGAGUCAGAAGCUUGUGUCUCAAAUGUUGACACUCAUACAGGACUAUACGCAAUUUCAACCUGCUCAUGCUCCUUCAGUCCUCAUGGAGACGCUUAUUGCAAACCUUUGUUAGGAGACACGCCUUAUAAAAGACUAACCCAACAAAAUUAUAAGUGGGUGACUAGUAAAUACGUGUCGAGUUGCAAUACUGAGAGAAGGUUGUGGCCUAGUAAUCUCAAUUGCAUCCAAGAUUACUGGACAGAUACCGAGGCAGCCACAAUGAUUUACUAUGGCUACGCACUUUCAUCAUACACUGAAAUUCAAGGGGCUGAAGAUUGCGUUAUGAAUGUGUUUGAAUAUGAAUAUUUAGCAGCUAAAAAAGCAUAUGGAAAAGAUGAAGCUGCGAGAGAGAUUACACUAGCAGUAGCAUUAUUAAUAAGUUUGAUUGCCUAA